UGCUGCCAACCAGUGACACCUAUCAGUGCCAGUCAGUGCCGUCUAUCAGUGCCAUCAGUGCCGCCUAUCUGUGCUGUGUAUCAGUGCCAUAUAUCAGUGCCAUGUAUCAGUGCUGCCUUUCAGUGCCCAUCAGUGAUGCCUGUCAAUGCCCAUCAGUGCCACCUACCAGUGCCUCCUCAUCAGUGCCCAACAGUGCCACCAAACAGUGUCCAUCAGUGCAGCCUAUCAGUGCCCAUCACUGCAGCCUCAUUAGAGCACACCAGUGAAGGAGAAAAAUCACUUAUUUACAAAAUUUUAUAA